CAUCUUUCACCCAGCUGGGUUGCUGCUGUCGCCGCCUCCAGAUUCCGGAGGCGAAGCACGCUAAACCGAGGAACAUGGAAGUGGCUCUCGCUCCGCUCCGUGCCUGGGACGAUUUCUUUCCAGGCUCUGAUCGCUUCGCCCGGCCAGACUUCAGGGACAUUUCCAAAUGGAACAACCGUGUAGUGAGCAAUCUGCUCUAUUACCAGACCAACUACUUGGUGGUGGCUGCCAUGAUGAUUUCAGUCGUGGGGUUUCUGAGCCCCUUCAAUAUGAUCCUUGGAGGAAUCAUUGUGGUGCUGGUAUUCACAGGGUUCGUGUGGGCAGCACACAAUAAAGAUAUCCUUCGCCGGAUGAAGAAGCAGUACCCCACAGCUUUCGUGAUGGUGGUCAUGUUGGCCAGCUACUUCCUCAUAUCUAUGUUUGGGGGUGUCAUGGUCUUUGUGUUUGGCAUCACUUUUCCUUUGUUGUUGAUGUUCAUCCAUGCGUCCCUGAGACUUCGAAACCUCAAGAACAAGCUGGAAAAUAAGAUGGAGGGGAUAGGGUUGAAGAAGACGCCAAUGGGCAUUAUCCUGGAUGCUUUGGAACAGCAGGAAGAGAGCAUCACCAAAUUGGCUGACUACAUCAGCAAAGCCAGGGAGUAAACCCUCUAGCUUGGAGAGAGGGCCGCAGCAGGAAUCCAGUUGCACUUUCCCCUUCUGUCUGUGGUUUUGAAACAGAAGGUGCACAUCUUACCACCCAACUACCCAUGGCAUCGUGCAUGCGCAGACCCACCUGUUAAGAUCUCUGCUAUGACCAACCCACCAGAGGCUUCAGAAACUUCUAAAAUACAGACCCACACUCCCGUUAUAUCUGAAGUUUCCGGGUUGGACAACAACAGUACCAAUGUAGGGGAACAGUCGGUGUAGAAUCUGAGGCAACACUGAGAAGUGAAAAGUCAGUUAAAGUAGAGGAUGCCUUGUGUCCAUCUGUUUCUAACCCUGUCCGAUAGCUCCUCCAGAAUCCCCUACGACUAUGUGUUAGCUUCGUGGUAUUAUCUUUGUCGUUUUAAAAUCAGAGGUAAUUUCUAUCCCUUUGGCACCUGUUUGAUGUGCAGUGGAAACUGGAUCAGCCAGUUGUUUAUAUUUUGUUUACAAAUAUGAAAGUAGCUGUUUAGGACAAUGUUUUGUUAAAUUUUUGUAAAAUUUUUAAAAGGGUAGUAAUAUGCUUUCACCAGAAGGUAUUUCUUGCAAACUAAAUGUCAUCCUCCUGGGGUGGGGGAGGGGAAGGGGGUAGUUACAACUCUGUAACUUCUGUUAUUCUUGACUUGUUAAAAAACUAAAUAAAUAAAAACAGACUUGAGUUCUGUUCA